AUGGGGACGAGCAGCAAGUUUAACGCGAUGAGCGCGCUGAUCCGGCUUGGCGACCUUCCCGGAAUGCAGGCCUACGCAGCCGUGGACUUCGACUGGACACAGGUGGGUGGGGACGAAAACAUAACCCUCCUGCACUUUGCCAUCGACUGCGGCAAGAAGUCCAGCACAAGGGCCAACAAUCUCCCUGUCAUCGAGUGGAUGCUAAAGGCAGGCGCUGAUCCAGAGCAAGAGCUUCCAUCCGAUCACCCUGGCUGUUCCCAUCUCUGCAAGAGAUGGGACAAGAAGGGGACGAUGAUCAAGGUCCGAUACGCGUGCCAAUCGCCCAUCUCCUUGGCCGCCGCCUGGGUGGAGGCGCUCCGCAAGGUGGACUGGGGUGCUGCAACGAUGAAGCACUUCUCACUGGUUCUCUCAGUCAUUGCAACGGCGGCCUCUGCCAAGCGGCACAAGGUUGCAGUGCAUCAGGCUGUGAUGGACCGCUGGGAGUCGGCCCGGGAGAUGACCUCCACGCACAACGUCACGUUCGAGACGGCCGAUGGCGCCAUCACGGCCCAUGACCACAUCCUCAUGGCAGCCUCACCGGUGCUUCAGGCCAUGUUGCAGUCGACCAUGAAAGAAGGUCAGCAGAAGCAGAUCUCAGUCGCCGACUCCUCCGGUACAGGGGUGUCACUGUUGCUGGACAUGCUUUACACCAGCUCCACGCGCACCGACCCCGACUUUAAAACCAUGCUCGUUGCCCUGGACCUCGCCCAUCGCUGGCAAGUGCAGGAUGUGGUCAAGCUACUUUCCGAGGCCCUGCGAGACAUGAUCACGACCGACAGCUUCUCGGCCAUCGCAGAGACGGCCGCGCUCAAAGGCUUGGACGCGCUGGCGCGGUGCUGCGCCGCCUUCGGGGCAAAGACUGCCGAAGUCCAGGCCAUGCUGAAGAAUGGCUCCCUGCCAGUCUCCGUGCAGAGGCUCCUGCAGGGACCAGAAGCCCCUUCCCAGCAGGGCGCCGUAGCGAAGAAGCGGCGGACGUUCUGA